AUGAAGGACAAGCGGCAGCGCCUGGCCCUUGCGUGGCCGUACUGGGACUCCGCCCUCGCCGCCACGCUCCUCCACGCCGCCCACCCCGCGCCCACGCCCCUCCUGCAUCCGCUCACGCCCCCGCCGCACCUGGCGCCGCACCUCACCACCGCCGCGCCCACGCCCCUCCUCGCGAGUCACGACCCACGCCCACCGCCCCUCACCAGCGUCGCCCCUUCCAUUCCCCGCCCAUGCUUGGCGUCCUUGGCACGCCCACCCGUGUGCCUGUGGGAGGGCGGGCGGAGUCAGAGUGACGUGGGCGGCAAGAGCGUCCUGACUCCAAGCAGCAGCGUCCGGCCGUCCACUGUGUCCCCGCCCACGAGCGCAGCCCACGCCUUCGGACACAGCCAGAUGUCGCCCGAGCAGAGGACCUAA